GAAGGAUCUAUCGCUGGUCCCCCCUGGCCGACUCUGGACGCCGCUCUUGCCCCCUCCCUACGUUCCCUCUUGCUUCUUCCCUUCCCGGAGAGGGGAGAGGACUGGGAGGAGGGCAGGCCAGGGGCCCCAGAGGAGGGGGGCGCCGAGGGGCCGUAAUUAGAAGGAGCAAUAGCAGCAGCAGCAGGAGAAGAUGCUGAGGAUGCGGACCAUGGGAUGGGCGCGCGCCUGGUGUCUGGGCUGCUGUCUCCUCUUUCCGCUCUCGCUUAGCCUAGCGGCGGCCAAGCAACUCCUCCGGUACCGACUGGCGGAGGAGGGCCCAGCAGACGUCCGCAUCGGCAACGUCGCCUCAGACUUGGGCAUCGUGACCGGCUCCGGUGAGGUGACUUUCAGCCUCGAGUCGGGCUCAGAGUACCUGAAGAUCGACAACCUCACCGGCGAGCUGAGUACCAGCGAGCGGCGCAUCGACCGCGAGAAACUGCCCCAGUGUCAGAUGAUCUUCGACGAGAACGAGUGCUUCCUGGACUUCGAGGUGUCGGUGAUCGGGCCCUCGCAGAGCUGGGUGGACCUGUUCGAGGGUCGGGUCAUCGUGCUCGACAUCAACGACAAUACGCCCACCUUCCCGUCACCCGUGCUCACGCUCACGGUGGAGGAGAACCGGCCGGUGGGCACUCUCUACCUGCUGCCUACGGCCACCGACCGGGACUUCGGCCGCAACGGCAUUGAGCGCUACGAGCUGCUGCAGGAGCCCGGGGGCGGCGGCGGCGGCGGCGGCGGCGGCGAGGGCCGGCGCGCCGGGCCUGCCGACAGCGCCCCCUACCCCGGGGGCGGCGGGAACGGCGGGAGCGGCGGCGGCCCCGGGGGCUCCAAGCGGCGGCUGGACGCGCCAGAAGGCGGCGGCGGGACCAGCCCGGGCGGACGCAGCAGCGUGUUCGAACUGCAGGUGGCCGACACCCCGGAUGGCGAAAAGCAGCCGCAGCUGAUCGUGAAGGGGGCGCUGGACCGCGAACAGCGCGACUCCUACGAGCUGACCCUGAGGGUGCGCGACGGUGGCGACCCGCCUCGCUCCUCCCAGGCCAUCCUGCGGGUGCUCAUCACCGACGUGAACGACAACAGCCCCCGCUUCGAGAAGAGCGUGUACGAGGCUGACCUGGCCGAGAAUAGCGCCCCGGGGACCCCCAUCCUGCAGCUGCGUGCCGCCGACCUGGACGUGGGGGUCAACGGGCAGAUCGAGUACGUGUUCGGGGCGGCUACCGAGUCCGUGCGGCGGCUGCUGCGCCUAGACGAGACGUCCGGCUGGCUCAGUGUCCUACACCGUAUAGACCGCGAGGAAGUGAACCAGCUGCGCUUCACGGUCAUGGCCCGCGAUCGCGGGCAGCCCCCCAAAACAGACAAAGCCACGGUGGUCCUUAAUAUCAAGGACGAGAACGACAACGUGCCGUCCAUUGAAAUCCGCAAGAUCGGGCGUAUCCCACUCAAGGACGGGGUGGCCAACGUGGCCGAGGACGUUCUGGUGGACACCCCCAUCGCCCUGGUACAGGUGUCUGAUCGAGACCAAGGCGAGAAUGGAGUGGUCACCUGCACCGUGGUGGGCGACGUGCCCUUCCAGCUCAAGCCGGCCAGUGACACGGAGGGCGACCAGAACAAGAAAAAGUACUUCCUGCACACCUCGGCCCCUUUGGACUAUGAGACCACCAAGGAGUUCAACGUGGUCAUAGUGGCGGUGGACUCGGGCAGCCCCAGUCUCUCCAGCAACAACUCCCUGAUUGUCAAGGUGGGAGACACCAACGACAACCCGCCUGUCUUUGGGCAGUCGGUGGUGGAGGUGUACUUUCCUGAGAACAACAUCCCCGGAGAGAGGGUAGCCACGGUGCUGGCUACAGACGCGGACAGUGGGAAAAACGCGGAAAUCGCCUACUCGCUGGACUCUUCCGUGAUGGGGAUCUUUGCCAUCGAUCCCGAUUCUGGGGACAUCCUCGUCAAUACCGUGCUGGACCGCGAGCAGACUGACAGGUAUGAGUUUAAAGUUAACGCCAGAGACAAAGGCGUCCCCGUGCUGCAGGGUAGCACGACAGUGAUUGUUCAGGUGGCUGACAAGAAUGACAAUGACCCUAAGUUCAUGCAGGACGUCUUUACCUUUUAUGUGAAGGAAAAUUUACAGCCCAACAGCCCCGUGGGAAUGGUCACAGUGAUGGAUGCUGACAAGGGGCGCAAUGCAGAGAUGAGCCUGUACAUAGAGGAGAACAGUAACAUUUUUUCCAUUGAAAAUGACACGGGGACUAUUUACUCCACGAUGUCUUUUGACAGAGAACAUCAGACCACAUACACUUUCAGAGUCAAAGCUGUGGAUGGGGGAGAGCCUCCCAGAUCUGCAACAGCCACGGUCUCUCUCUUUGUGAUGGAUGAGAAUGACAAUGCUCCCACUGUCACCCUCCCCAGAAAUAUUUCCUACACUUUACUGCCACCUUCAAGUAACGUCAGGACAGUAGUUGCUACAGUGUUGGCAACAGACAGUGAUGAUGGCAUCAAUGCAGACCUUAACUACAGCAUUGUGGGAGGGAAUCCCUUCAAGCUGUUUGAGAUUGAUUCCACCAGUGGUGUGGUUUCCUUAGUGGGAAAACUCACCCAAAAGCAUUAUGGUUUGCACAGGUUGGUGGUGCAAGUGAAUGACAGUGGGCAGCCUUCCCAGUCUACCACGACUCUGGUGCAUGUGUUUGUCAAUGAAAGUGUUUCUAAUGCAACUGUGAUUGACUCCCAGAUAGCCAGAAGUUUGCACACCCCCCUCACCCAGGAUAUAGCUGGUGACCCAAGCUAUGAAAUUAGCAAACAGAGACUCAGUAUUGUCAUUGGGGUGGUUGCUGGAAUUAUGACUGUGAUUCUAAUCAUCCUAAUUGUAGUGAUGGCAAGAUAUUGCCGGUCCAAAAAUAAAAAUGGCUAUGAAGCUGGCAAGAAAGAUCAUGAAGACUUUUUUACACCCCAACAGCAUGACAAAUCUAAAAAGCCUAAAAAGGACAAGAAAAACAAAAAAUCUAAGCAGCCACUCUACAGCAGCAUUGUCACUGUAGAAGCUUCUAAACCAAAUGGACAGAGGUAUGAUAGUGUCAAUGAGAAGCUGUCAGACAGCCCAAGCAUGGGCCGAUACCGAUCUGUUAAUGGUGGGCCUGGCAGUCCUGACCUGGCCAGGCAUUACAAAUCUAGUUCCCCCUUGCCUACUGUCCAGCUUCACCCCCAGUCACCAACUGCAGGAAAAAAACACCAGGCCGUACAAGAUUUACCACCAGCUAAUACAUUUGUGGGAGCAGGAGACAACAUUUCAAUUGGAUCAGAUCACUGUUCUGAGUACAGCUGUCAAACCAAUAACAAAUACAGCAAACAGAUGCGUCUACAUCCAUACAUUACUGUGUUUGGCUGAAUUCCACUCAAAUAUGAUGCUCCAUUAUGCACCAUACUCUGAUGACCUUGCUACUUCGAAAGCUGCUGGAGCCUGCCCUUGGCCGUGGGGUGUCAGCCAAUCACUGCUUGUUCCAUUUGUUAUGCAUUUGAUUUUUAAUUUUUUUUCUCAUUUAAGGAAAAAUAGUAUUGAAAUAAAUAAACGUAAAAAAGAAAGAGUAUUAAUAAAGAAAUAUGCUAUUAGUGAGUGUCAGUUACCAGGAACUACAUUCUCAGAGAGGUAGUUAGCAGAAUUUAAUAAUGAAGUCUUUAAGAAAAAAUCUAAAAGUGUAUUUCAGCAAUGAUUUUAAGACUUUGGCUUUGUGUAAACCAAGGAAAAUUAAGUCUAUGAAGUCUCUGUCUAUAAUAUAUUAAAUAAUGACUAUGAAUAAAAUCCUAAAUUACUCAAUAGUUUUAAAGUGUUACAUAUUCAAAGCCUUUUCCAGCCCAGGGAGAUAGUUCUGCUAGAGUGAAGGAUAGUGUCUCUUGCGCAUUCUGGGUGUAUAUUUCUAAAUGCCACUGUGUGUAUUUGUAUGUGCUCCCACAGGUUAUAUGCAAAGACUUUGAGCAACAUUUCUAACAAAUAUUUUCUCCAAGACAAAUUUGAGAGAUUUAUUUUGUGCUUACCACAGGCACUGCCAAUGGGUUGUUUUUUCCCUAAUCUUGAAAUAUUGACCAAAAUAUCUGUAGAAUUUUCACGACUUUGUUGUUGUUGUUAAAUUUCUUAAGAAAAUUUAGAACCUUUGAGUUAGAUUCACAGAAGUCACCAUGAUCAUAUUCAGAAGGAAGUAGCUUUCGUUUAUCAGAAGACUAUUCUAUUUGAUGUCAGGUAACAUAAGUUCAAGCAGCUUCUGAGAAUUCAGCAUGUUAUAAAUUUUUGAGAAAGCAAGUAGCUGAAUUUUAGCUAUACAAAUAGUAAUUUUCUAGGUAAGUCAAGAAUUCUCUGCAUGUUCCCUCUAACUCUCUGUUUAUAUAUUUAUGUCUCUAUUUGUCAUGUUGUAUGUGUUUGUGUGCCUAAAAUAAGUGUUCCAUAUAUAAACUUUGAUAAUUUUGUAAUAUAUUUAUCAUACCAUCUGCCCUAUUAAAGUUUCCCCAAGUUUUGAGAUACUGACCAAGAAUUCCAGAUUCUUGAGAAUUUUUUGGUGAAUUAUUGUCAAUAUAAAAGCCUUUAAAGGAAAAAAAAUAUUGGGACAACAUAAAUAUACAGAGUGAUAGGAAAUGCUCACUAACACUUAAUCACUAAUGCAUGUAUUUCAAGUUGUUUAUUUUAUUAGCUGGUUAUUUAACUUUGCAAAAAGGAAAUUUUCAGAAAUAUCACUGAGACUAUAGUGAAAUUCUUCAAUAAAACCUAAUUAUCAUUAAUCUCUCAUUUUGUUUUGAGCACAGGACCAGUGUAAGAAACUGGUAAAAAACAAAAACUUCUUACCACUUUUGGCUUCUUGGAAAUAUUAUGUUUUUUCAUCCUAAAGUAAUAAACUUCCUUAGAUGUAUACUUAAAAUCCUGGACUGAAUCACAUCAACUCAAAGACAAGUUACAGACAAAAAACAACAACAAAAAAAUGUCCAGAAUUUUGGGAUAAACUAAUGUGUAACCACAUGGAGGGAACAUUUAUGAAUACCUUCACAAAGAACAUUCUGAGGCACAAUUUUGCAAACUUGGGUAUGUGAUUCAAUUUAUGAAUUUCUACCAUAAUCCGAAAGACGCAAAAUAAAGCAGAAAAAUUUCAAGUAGACCAUUCAUACAGUGAGGCUAAAUAUUUUCUUGUGCAAUCCUUAUUUCAGUUGUGUUUGUAUGCCUGCAUUAGCCCCUGCUUUUGGUUGCUAUGUACAAAAUUUGUCUUCUUCUGGAAGUAGCCCAAAAGGAAUGAGAACCACCCCUUUAGAUUGUUCCAAAUGGGAAACAGUGGCUAUUUACUGUUAUGGUUAGAAAACAUAAUAAAUCAAAACAAAAAAGUACUAAUAAUCCCAAGGAUUUUAGUGUGCUUAGAAGCUGAAUCAGAAUAAUCAACAGCAGCAAGCUAUGAGAUGUCUAUUAUCAUCCCUCUGGUGUUUUCUUGUUGUUUUUUUUUUUCAGCUUUGAACAUUUUGUCAUUGGUUCUUGUCCCUGCACAGACUUCCCCUCUACCCUAACCCCCUGCUCCCAAAUGUUCUCUACAUCAGAUCUCUUGACCACUCUCCUUUUCAGUUACUGGAAUUUACCAUUUAGGGAGGUACCUAUGGACAAAUGGAAAUAGACUCAGAGCAAUCCACCACCUUAUAUCUUUUAGCAUUUGGACAUUUUAUUUUAAAUGACAAUGCAAUACACUGCAAUGGAAUAUGAGGGUGUUAGAGACUGAUUUAAGUAAAGUUUAUUUACUUUAACACAUCCAAUAUCAGCUGAUACUGAGUAUGCAAAGAAAAAUAAGUCUUUGUCUUCAUGGAAUUGAUGUAUUAUAAAGAAGAUUACAGAGCAGAAAAAUGAUAGAUUGUGUUUGCCCUAUGCUUCUAAAGUUUCAAAUCAUUGAAUGCAUGUUUGCUCCUCAGAGCAAUCUUUGAGGAAAAGCACCAUUAUUAUUUCUGAGGUAAGGAAACUGGAGUAAUGAACAGCUUUUUCAGGACCCUGAUGGAACUAGCAAAGAACUUGAUCAAGUCUCAGAAGAAAUAGCCAAUCAGAAUUCAAAAGUACUGAAAACAGUUGGUGGAAGUGGUGAAAUUUGUGCUUUUGAAUACAGUAUAUUUUUAGACUUACUUGGGUAGACUCUUCUCAAAAGAAUUAGAACAAGCCCAGUUUUUCGAACUUUUUCUAGUCACAACCUACACUUUAUACUAUCAAAAAAACUGUUGUGGGGAUAAUGUGAAAUCUAAUCAACUACCCUAUUUUGUAAACAACAGCCCCAUAUGAGAUUAAAAACAGACAAACCUCAAGAAUUAAGUAAGCAACCAAGAUUAUCAUUUAUUUUUGAGGCUCUCUCUAGAAAAACUACCAAUAUCCUCCAGAAGUAAUUCCACAGUUUGAAAUGUCUCUGGGAAUUUCUAUCUGUAAUUUUGCAAAACACUUAUCUUGGUUGUGUAUAACUUUUGUAAUCCAUUUAUUUUCUAGAGAAUGGGUUGCUUUGCUUUCUCUUCUAUACACUAUGCAAGGCUUUGUAAUUAAAAUGAUGGCCAAAACAAAACUCUUUAGUGCAAAAAUAAUACACUACUACUUAAGGCAAGGGGUAGGUGAAGCUCAGAGAGACUGCCCCCAAGUUUGUCUUGUCCAUCAAGAGAUUCCCAGUGCCUGCUAGAGUGCUCAGCAUACCAGAGAUACCCCUAAAUAUUUGUGAAACAAACAAAAGAUCAAAGGGCCUGGGCUUUAGUGCUAAGGAGCCUGAAAAUCCGUCGACAUCAGGUCACUGAACUGUGGUAUGGCCUCUUUGAUUUCAAACUCUGAGAACAUCCUAGUUGUUAUUUUCUUUCCCUGCUGGGUGAUGUCUCCAGGAUAAAGGACUACCUGCCGGGUUGGCUCGAGUCCCUGCCUUCUCUGCAGGAUGUCUCUCUUGUUUCUGUACCAAAUGAGCAAUUCUCUGAUUCCCCCUCCUGGCUUCUUCUUAGUGGUGUUAUAAACACCAAACCCUUCAAAAAGAUUAAACUAAAGCACAUGUGGGAGGGAGGCACUGGUCACACGGUAGACUUCUGAUAUAUUUUGAGGGGCUGUGAAGAGGUGUGUAGACAUAUGGGUUUUCAGGAUUUUUUGGGAGAUCCUCAUCUGUGAGGAAAUAUGGAUACAUGCACGCCCAUGCAAAUGCAUGGGUCUCUGUAUUCAUCAAUUUAUAUAUCCCUGCAAGUAUUAUUCAUUCACUGUGUCAACCUAUGCUCACUGAUAAUGUAUUAUUUUUUUCCUUUUUCAUUCUGACUCUCCCUGGGGAGCAGUUGUUUUUAAAGAUGAGAGUCUAGCAUAUCUGUAAAGAGAAAGAUGUACUUGAUGUACUCAGGAAAGAAGUCUAGGAGAGGGGAUAUGUCCUUCCUGUAGACUGAUGGGCAGCAAAGCUGAGAAAUGCCUUACAACUCCAAAGCACUCCUUAGAAGUCCUGAGAUUCUAAGAAGUGCCUCUUUUAAAUUGCAAAUGACCUCUGAAGGAGUUGAUUCCGUCUUUGGCACACCUGGGUGUCAAUUGCUCUAAGCGGAUAAUGAGGUCAGCACCUCCCAAAGAUCAAUAGUUCUUAAGAAAUGGGGAUUUUGAUGAGAAUCCUGAGGAAGGGUGAACAGCCUUCCCCAGUUUAGAAGACUGAGACCUCUGUUAAGGCACCAUGUGUCUGGGACUCCAGCUGGGAGUCAGGAAGUAAGGUGAGAUUAUAGCCAAAAAGGGUAUUCAGUCCUGAUAAAAGCAAAUGUUUGUGUCCUUGAUUUUGUGACCGGAGGGCUGACACUAGAUGUCUAGGUUUUAUAUGACUGUAAGACUGGUGUUAAAAAGUAGUCAAGUGUUUAUUUUCUCCCAUUUCUACUAGUUGUUUUGUUUGGUUUUGGUUUUGGUUUUCAGCCUGCUGUAUCAGUGCUCUCUAUCUUCAUUCACUUUCUACCCCUGUACUUUCGUGAGAAGAAGAGGAACAAAGAAGGAGAAAAGAAGGGGGGAAAAGGCAACCACUGCAUGGCUAUACACUCACCUUCUCCCUGUUAUUAUUAUUAGACUACUGUAAUCAAAAUAGUUGCCAUGUAGCUGUUGCUUAUCCUAAUUUAAUUAAAUUCUCAGAAAUUGAGUGCUAUUAGGUCUUUACUAGGGCUUUUGCCUGGAGAAUCCCAUGGACAGAGGAGCCUGGUGGGCUACAGUCCUUAGGGUCGCAAAGAGUCGGACACAACUGAGCAACUGACACUUUGACUUUCACUUCAGGUCUUUACUGAGGGCUUCUCAGGUGGCUCAGUGACAGGGAAUCUGCCAGCCAAGCAGGAGACACAGGUUUGAUCCCUGGGUGGGGAAGAUCCCCUGGAGAAGGAAAUGGCAACCCAUUCCAGUAUUCUUGCCUGGAGAAUCCCAUGGACAGAGGAGGAGUCUGGUGGGUUACAGUCCAUGGGGUCACAAAGAGUCAGACAGGACUUAGAAACUAAACAGCAGUGACAAAGGUCUUUACUAUGUGCCAGAAACCUGAAUUUUUAACACUUCCCCCUUCUCAAUUCUGACUGCAGAGGGGAGGUCGGGCUAUGAAAGACUUGAAGUUUAGAGUCCCUGAAAUUCCUCACUUCUGCUUAUUGGUUUGGUUUUUGACAGCCUCUGACAAAAUAGAAAACUGAAGCCUGAUAAGGUGAUAGGAAAAUCUGCCUUUUGCCCUGACUCUGUCGCUGACUGGCCAGUGCACCCUUGUAUAAGUCCUAUCAAGUCCUAAAGCUUCUCAAACGCAUCUUCUGUCAUUUUACAUAAUAACCCUUGCUCUGAUUAUGUGACAGGGUUUAUGCAGGUCGCAUAAACUGUUUGGGACUUAUAAAACACUAGUGUAACUUGAGAUAGUAUUUCUCCAUAUCUAUGAAUUUCUCUAAGCCCUACUUAAACUGCACUUGCGCUUUUGGAGUAUUUUCACUAUUUAUAAUAUUAUAUGAAAAGGGUUUUUUUUUUUUUGGUUUCAGUUUCUUGGCUCUUUUUGUUUAUUUUGUCAUAAUCACUUAUUUGAAGCCUCUGAUGUUCUCUUAUCCUGGUUGAUUUCUUUGAAGUAAUGUUGAUCAAGGUGCAACUAGGGUGUGUACCUAUCCAUAGACCAGGAGACACUGGGUUUUGUCCAAAGUCAUUACAGAGCCUAUGACAUCUAAAUGGGAAAAGGGAAAAGAAAUAGUUUAUUGGAGCAAAGCAAGUAGCUUAGGAAAGACUCACAAUAGUUUGUAUCCAUUUUGAUACUUUUAAAAUAAAUUUACUACUUUUUAACAGUCCUUUCCUCUUCCAUUCGGUAUUUCCUAGAAGUUUUUCUUCCAUUCCUCACGUACAGUCUCUAACACUGAAUGAUCAUUUAUUGAGCUUUAGUUCUGUGUCAAUCACUCUGCAAUGGUGUCUAUACCACAUUAUAACAUCGACUCCUCCUAACAGUUCCAGGAGACAGGUUCCAUUAUUUGCUCCUUGUGACACAUGUAACCUGGGAAAAAGAAAACAGAAACUCAUAGGUCCCAUCCUCUCUAUUUAAAGCAGGUGCAUUCAGCUACUUGCAGUCAACUCUCCUCCAAAAUAAUUCUCUCUCCAAACCUGAGAGUUAUCAUUAACACAGUAGUCCUGAUAGAUUUUAAUCUGUGUGCUUCUUUAUUUAGGCUUUUGUGUGCAUUUUGUUCUAGUCCACAAUACCUGCUGUGUAUCCCCAGCAGUCUUACAAGACAGAGUCUGUGUUAGUCUGCAAGGGCUGCCAUAACAAAAUACCAUAGACUAUGUGCCUUAAACCACAGUAAUCUGUAUUUUCACAGUUCCAGAGGCUAGAAGUCCCAGAUCAAGGUGCCAGCAGAUUCACAGAGAGAGAGAGCUCUAGUGUUCCUUUCUCUACUUCUAAGGAAACCAGUUCUAUCAGAUUAAGGCCUUAACCCUUCUGAUGUCAUUUAACCAUAAAUUAGCCUCAGAAAGAUUCUAAUUUCGGGUAAAUCACAUUGGAGGUCAGGUCUUCAACAUAGAAAUUUUGGGGGCACACAAUUCACUCCGAAACAGAAUGUAUUCUUAAAGGAUGUGCGCUCAUCUUGUCCUGCCAGAACACCAGAAUGUAUUCUUGACUGGAGCAGAACACGUUGGACUGGACCACUGUUUCUUCGUGAGCUUGUCAUUCACCACAUACAGUCUGUACUUUGAUAGUAAAGAAGUUAAAAGAACCUUCCAUUUAAAACCUUUCCAUUUUACAAGAACCUUUUUUUCCUAUCAAUUUCCGAAAGCAGACCUAUAGAUGUUCUUGGCAUUGAUGAAAAAUUACUAUAGCUUUUGUGAAAAAAUAUGAACGUGUAAUGGGUAUGCAUGUGCAUAAAAUUUGAAGUUCAUUUUUUAGCUCAUUAUGUCUAACUUUUUAUGCACAUCAUUGAGUGCUUUUUGCAGUUUUCAGUUUUACAGGGAUUUGUGAUAUUAAAUGGGGCUUUCCUGGUGACUCAGAUGGUGAUAUUAAAUACCAUCUUAGUUAUUUCAAUUUUGCCAACUGGUAUGAGUUCAUGCAGGUAUAGUAGUUAUGUAAAAUCAAUAUUUGUAUAAAAUAGUCCAAAAAUUGUUCCACAAAUGUAACAGAAUUUUUUAAAAUGAUGAUGUUAAUAUUUAGUCUAAAAUAUCUAGUAUAUUAUUAGCAUUAAAGUUCGAAUAAAAAGUAGUAGGAGUUAAGGGGUGGAGGGGGUCGGUUGAAACAGCAAUCAUAUAGGCUUAAUAAUGCUUUCAAAGGACAGUUUCAGUGGAUUUUCAUGCAUAGUGGCGUAAUUGGUCUGACAAUGAUCCAGUGAGUCUGAUUCCCCCUAGUAUUUGGUGAUGGCCAAACGUGUAACCGAGGCCGAUCCCAUGCUCUGAGUGACUCUUCACAAACUAUUAUUAUGUGUGCAUGCAACACGGUACAUCAGUGCAAAUCCAUGGACACUUCAAGUUAUUUUUUUUACCCCCAUUGUGUCUUUUCAUUUUCUUAAUAAAAUUAAAAUUUCAUGUGAUAAAACACAUAAUGAGUAGCCUGGGAACUAUAUAUAUAUAUAUGUGUGUGUAUAUAUAUAUAUAUCUCCAUUGGGCUGUAUGAAAUGGUGAUAUUUUAGGUAUAACACGGGAUAAACCCAUCAACGUCAGAAAAAGGAAGCUCUUUUCUGUCCUUUAGUCAGAAUUUCUAGGCGAUGGAGCAUAACAGCUGAAAAGAUCUUUCCUAAGAAGUACAAACUUUCUGAGCUAACUUUACAUUUGACCCCCAAUAUUAAAAAUGGCAAGUUAAACAGUUGUUUUGUUCAGAGAAAUGGCAAUAAGUGUAGCCUAAAUCUGAAUUUUUAAAAAACCAUGUCUAAAUCUGCUUUUCAACGUAUUUAACUGUUGAACACAAGGACCAGUUUUAGAUACAGAGAUGGCAUUUCUAUAGGGCAUUAGGGACAAAAGAUGGUAAUGCCUAUUUUUUCCAAACCAGUGCAAAUGCUAUUAGGUCAGGAGUAUUAAAAUUUACUUCAUUACAAAAAAGUCUUACUUUUUUUUUUUAGUAUUUUACCUUUCAUAAGAAACUACUGUGUGUAUGUAUGUAUGUAUGUAUCUGUAUGUAUGAUAUGUAUAUGCAUGAAUAUGUGCGUGCUAAGUCACUUCAGUCGUGUCCGACUCUUUGUGACCCCAUGGACUGCAGCCUGCCAGGCUCCUCUGUCCAUGGGAUUCUCCUGGCAAGAAUACUGGAGUGGGUUGCCCUGCCCUCCUCCAGGGCAUCUUCCUGACCCAGGGAUCGAACCUGUGUCUCUUACAUCUACCUGCAUUGGCAGGUGGGCUCUUUACCCCUAGUGCCACCUGGGAAGCCCAUGUAUAUGCAUAUAUACAUAUAAAUAUAUCCUACAAAAGAAAAGUAAUACAGUUAACGUUGCAGAGAGAAAAUACUUAUCUUAUGCCAAUUAGGUGAUUAUAUGCAGGUACUGUUUUAGGCACUGGAGAAAUGGCACUAAUGAACAUAGACAAACAUCCCUUCCCCCACGGAGAUUCAAUUACAGUGGAAAAAUUAAAAAAUAAUAGCUAAACUUGCUGUGUUCUACACACUGGUCAACAUAUUUUACAUAUAUUAUCUCAUUAAAUAAGUACAACAGCCCUACAAAGAACACCUGUAAUUGUCUUCAUUCUGUAGAUGAGGAAAGUGAUACACAGAGUGAGCUGAGUAACUUGCUCAUCAUCCCACAAUUUGCAAAGUGUCCGAGCUGAGGUUCAAGUGCAGACAGUCUGGCUGCAGAGGCCAGAUGUGCAUAUGCCAAGUACAGGGAACACAUCUAUUUUAUAGCCAACUAGUUCCGUAGAAUGAAAUUGAAUUCACCGACUUCUCUUAAAGGCUUCAGUAAUAUUUCAGCCUUCCUAUUUCAAUACCUUUUACUGUGUUCUUGAAAUUAGGUCACUCAGGCCAAUUUUUUUUAAUGGUACUACCUUAAACCUUAAAGUUCAAAUCAAAAAAUGGGAAGAUAGAUAUUAGACUAGUCCACACUUCCCACUUUCUUUCUACCCAUUCUGUUCUUUGGGGAACACCUCAUAGAUAUAUUUUCCCUUUUUUUGUUAUUUUGUUUUAAUGUUCUUUGUUUCAUUAAGUAUUUCACACAUAGUCUGUUCUGUAAGUUAUUAAUACAACUAGGAAAAAACAAAUUUAUUAAUUUUUGUGAAUUGCCAUUUGAUUAGGAUGGGAAAUGCCUUUAUAUGAGAAUAAAAUUUUAUUUAGAAAGAAUUAAAAACCUACUUUGUGUUUGUUUUUGUUGUUUAGUCCCUUAGUCAUGUCUGCCUCUUUGCGAUCCCCACUGACUGUCG